GCCUUGCGUGGCUCCUGCUUGUGACGUGAGCACGCCGUGCGGACCGGGCGGGCGGGUACUCGCCGGGCGGGGAUGGCGAAGAGGCGGAUCCUGAAGGAAUACCAGGACUUGGAGCGUGACCCUCCAGCACUGUGUUCAGCAGGUCCAGUAGGAGAUGACUAUUUUCAUUGGCAAGCUACUAUCAUGGGGCCAAGUGACAGCCCUUACCAAGGUGGUGUUUUCUUUCUGAAUAUCCAUUUCCCAUCAGAUUAUCCUUUCAAACCACCUAAGGUUUCGUUUACAACGAAGAUCUACCAUCCAAACAUUAACAGUAAUGGCAGCAUUUGCCUUGAUAUUCUCCGAUCACAAUGGUCUCCAGCUUUAACACUGUCAAAAGUUCUUCUGUCCAUCUGUUCGCUGUUGUGUGACCCAAACCCAGAUGAUCCUUUGGUACCGGAGAUUGCACACACCUACAAAUCUGACAGGGAGAAGUACAACAAACUGGCCAGAGAUUGGACAAACAAAUAUGCAAUGUAACCUUGACAGACAAGAAAUAGUAACUCCUUUACAUAAUCUGGAAUGCAAAAAUAAAAGCUGGCUGCAGUUUUAUGGAA